GUACCACCAAGUGCCAAGACCCACCGGAUGAAUUGCCAAAAGAAUUGAUCAUAACUUCUAUAAUUUCAAAAACGAAGAUUUCUAUAAAUCUUUCUAGAUUGCCUAAGUUUUCAUUAACCCCUGCUCCAGACAACGAACGCGACAUGAAUGAAUGGGGGAGGUUUUUGAGUUUUCUAUGCAAACAUGACAUGGUUGCUAUGAUAAACUUUGAGCUGUACAAGUUUUACAUUCUACCUCCUGCAAUAGCCUCAACAUCUAGUUCAGUCAAUGUUGCAUAUGAGAUAGACAAUACAUAUACUGUAGAUACUUGUCCAAGGGAUUGUGAAUCAGGCUCACACUUGGCUGAGGAAUGCAUUGGACCUAAUACUUUCAAGGCAAGAGGUCGUGUAAAUGCUGCAGUUGUUUGUUCAUCAGAUCUUAAGUCUCCUCCAGCUGAAGAUCACCCUCAUUGUUUAACAGCUGAAACUAGUGGAUUUCAGUCUCGUGCAAAACAGGAGGAUAGACUCCCUGUGAGAAAUUUCAUACGGGCAGACCCGAGUUACCUGAAAACUCUUGGUCAGGUUCAUUCUGGAUGGAUUUUUGGAGGAAUAGCUGAGCUUGUUGAUAAUUCAAGGGAUGCCAAAGCAACUAAGAUGGACAUUUUUGUAGAUAUGAUUAAGUUCAAGAAAUCUGGGAAGGAUAUUCCUAUGCUGUCAGUUAUUGACGAUGGUAAUGGAAUGAACCAUGAUGAGAUUAUGAAAAUGAUAUCUUUUGGGCACAAACAACCCGAUAAAGAUGACAAGGAUCACAUUGGAAGAUUUGGUGUUGGAUUCAAGACAGGAGCUAUGAGACUUGGGAGAGAUAUUCUUGUUCUCACACAGACAGCUAAUUCCAGAUCUCUAGCGUUUCUUUCGCAAACGGUGAAUGAAGGCAAAGAUAAUAUUGAAAUUCCGGUAGUUAGUUACUCCCGACAAGGACAGCAUAUGGAAGUUGACCAUAGUGUUCAGUCUGAAGAUUUGGCAAAAUACAAUUUGAAAGCAAUUAAGGAAUUUUCACCAUUUGAUAAGUUCCUUAUUGGUGAAAAGGUAGCCUUGUUUGGUGGUGGUACAGGAACACAGAUAUACAUAUGGAACUUGGAUAAAUGGGGAACAGAGUAUUGUCUUGAAUGGCAUGAUGGAUUGAAAGGUGGGAGUUCUUUUCACCAAGGUGACAUUUUAAUCCAUAGCAAAAGGAUUCGUUCUCGUCCAGGCCAGAUUAGUCAAAAGGUUCCAUUGGAUUAUUCACUACGAGCGUAUUUAGAAGUUAUAUUCUUAGUUCCUCGAAUGAAGAUAAGUGUACAACAGACACUGGUUAAAAGUAGACCACUAGCAAAUGUCCUGUCUAAAACUGUUAUUGAAACUGGUCAUAUCUUGGGGAAGCCUGUUGAAUUGAUUCUUGGAUUCAGUCAAUUAGAAUGGGAGCGGGCAAACUGUGGAAUAUUUUUGUAUUGGCAUGGUCGCUUAAUUGAGGCUUACAAGAGAGUUGGUGGCAUGAUUCAUAAUGCAGAUGCGGGCCGUGGUGUAAUUGGUGUCAUGGAUGUGACCAAUUUAAUGGAUGAUCAGGAUGGUUGUGUGUGGGUGCAUAAUAACAAGCAGGGAUUCCAAGACUGUGAAAUAUAUGCAUGUCUUGAGCAGUGGCUUGGUGGAAAAGCGGAUGAAUACUGGGACAUUUAUUUUGAUUCACUUAAGUUGGACAAAGAUUAUUGUGUAUACAAGCCAGAUUGUGAAUGGGUACAAUGUGACAAGUGCAGAAAGUGGAGGAUAUUACCUCCUGAUUUUGACAGCAGGAAAUUACCUUUGCAAUGGUUCUGUUAUAUGGAGCCUUUCAAAGGUCAAUGUGCAGAUCCUGAACAGAAGAUGAAGCCUGGCAUAGUCAUUGUUUCCACGAAGCGGUCAGGAUAUGAUUGCAUGGGGAAGGAUUCUCUGAGUAAAAAAAUGGAUUCUGGUAUUAAAAACUCUGGCACAGAUGACAAAUUGGUCGAUUCUGAGGAUUUCAGAUCUGCACCCUUAAAGCGAUUGAGAAAGGGACUACCAAGGGGAUCUGAGAAUGUCAGAUCUUCACCUAAGCGGAAGGGAUAACCACACAACUUUUUGUCGGAAGGACUGGGGUCAGGUAGAUGAUAUUUUGAUCAAUAGAUUUGCUGCUAACUGUAGCUAGAGUGAAGAUUCAGUCACGUAUGAUAGAUAAUAAAGGCCGCAUUAUGUAUUCUCCAUGCUGCCCCCAAGUUCAGGUUUAACGUCUGAAAUCUUCUGGAGCCUAAUGCUGUAGUAAAUUUCUCCAGGUGGUAUCUUCUCAAAGCCUUGGGAUUUUGCUAAAUGUCACCGGGUGAGUAAUGUUAU